AUGGAGACAUUGAGGUCCAACUUGGAUGCUGCAGUAGCUGCCACCACGCUGGUGUUCAAUGCGCUGCUGAGUGCUUGUAUCGGUCAAUGGCAGGUCUCCCUGAUGGUUUACCUCACUAUGCGACGACUAUCCUUACAAAGGGAUGUUAUCACCUACAGCAGCCUGCAGGGUGCGCUCAGCCGACAGCAGUUCUGGGAGCGGAGCAUGGAGAUGUUGCAACACACCGGGCGCGGGUCGAUCGAAACGGACAUGGUGGUCUUCAACAGUGGCAUUUCAGGUGCCCCUUGGCCACGCGCGCAGCUGGCACUCGCCGUUCACCGGCGUCGUGACGGUGACGGCACGGGGCGUGUGGCGACGUGGAAUUGCCUGAAACGCUGGGAAGUGGCCACGGCCAUGCGCCAGGGCGGCCUGCGACCCGAUGCGGUCACUUGGUCCGUCACCAUCGGCUCGGCGAGCAGUGUGCACUGGAGAGUGGCCAUGCGCUGGUUGAAGGAGGCAUUGGAAGGCUCAGUUCGAUUGGCUUCAGUGGCAUGUAGUGCUUUGAUCACUGCAUGUGAGGGUUCAUUGGCUUGGUGGGAGCGGUCCUUACAGCUGCUGCAGCUUCAUCAUCACUUCAGUUUGAAGGCCGAUGGCAUCGUUCCGCAGAACGGUGCCAUCCGCGCAUGCGAGAGCGGUCGCCGGUGGGAGUGGGCGCUGGAGCUGGUGAAAUGGAAGGCAGCUGGUGCCAAAGUGGAAGUUGAUGAGAUUACUCUCACAGCAGCCAUUGGAGCAUGCGGACGUGCAAGUGCAUGGCAAGCUGCAUUGCUGUUGGCCGAUGGUCUCCCCACGAUCUUGGAUCAAGAUGUCAGCGACAAGUUAAGAACAGAUGUCGCUCCGCCUUCCGCCAUGACCGAGAAAGGUUUCCGGAUUGCGAAUGAGGUGAACAAAGAAGGAUGGGAGAAAGCACAGUUUCCAAUCCUUUGUGAGACGUGCUUGGGCGACAACCCUUAUGUUCGCAUGCAGAAGGAGGACUAUGGGGUCGAAUGCAAGAUUUGUGUCAGACCCUUCACCAUCUUCCGCUGGAAAGCCGGCACCCAGGGGCGAUACAAGGCUACUGUGGUGUGCCAAAGCUGUGCGAAAGUGAAGAAUGUGUGUCAGACAUGCCUCUUUGAUCUGGAGUAUGGCCUGCCGGUGCAGGUGAGAGACAAGUACUUGGAGGAGCUUGGGGCCAACAAGGUCUCGUUGCCGCACUCCAGAGUAGGCAGAGACUAUCAGUUGCAGAAUGCGCAGGCCGACAAGGAUGGUGAGGAUUUGCCUUACGGAAAGGUCGGGGCCCAUCCCAUGUUGCAGAGAUUGGCUCGGAUGACGCCUUACUACAAGCGAAAUGAGGCCAGAAUUUGCACUUUCUACGUGAAGGGUGCCUGCAACCGAGGCGCCGACUGCCCCUUCAAGCAUGAGCUCCCGCAAGGAGGCGAAUUGGCCAACCAGAAGUUGAGGGAUCGUUUCCAUGGUGAAAACGAUCCACUUGCUGCGAAGAUCAUGCGUAGAGCCGAAGAGGAUCUCACGUUGAUGCCUCCGGAAGAUAAGUCCGUGACCACCCUUUACCUGGGAGGGCUUCCGGCAGGCACCAAGAAGAGUCCAAGCUGUCAGGAGAUCCGGAACCAGUUCUACGUUUUUGGGGAGAUCCGUAGCAUCCGAAUGGCCCCGAAGCAGAGCUGCGCCUUUGUGACCUUUGUGAAGCGAGAGGUGGCCGAGCAGGCGGCCAAGAACACCCACAAGAUCUUGAAGAUCAACGGCAAGUCAAUCCACGUGACCUGGGGCAGACCUCAGGUGAACAAAGAAAAGGAGGCGGCUGCUGCCAUGGCCACCGGCUCCGCUGCUCCGGCGCAGGACACCUAUCGACCCUACUAUCCCUCCAUGGAUCCAUCCGCUCAAGGAAACGCCCCACUACAGGGGGAGCGACCCGAUGAGCGUUCGAUCCCCAAGUGA